CAAGAACAUCGAAUCUUAAGUUAAAAACCAUUUUAUACACAAAAGUCAAAAAAAUUUAAUUGAAAAAAUUCAAAAUCUAAAAGAGAGAGGAUUGGUCAACAAAAUCCAAUCCUUUCUUCAAUCUCUCUCAUUCUCAUUCUCAUUCUCAUUCUCUCUCAGAUUUUCCAAUCUAAUUCCUCAGAUCCAGAGACGCCAUUGGUACAGAGCUCUGAGCCAAGGAAAAAAUGAUAACGAUACCGUAUUUGACCGCGUUGACCACCUACUUCAGCUACGGCUUGCUCUUCGCUUUCGGUCAGCUCCGUGACUUCUUCAGAAAAAUCUUCGAUUGGUGCCGCGCUAGCAAUCUUCAGGGAUACGCGCCGAUCUGUUUGGGACUCGAAGAUUUCUACAUUCGUCGUCUCUAUCUUCGUAUUCAGGACUGUUUUGGACGACCCAUAGCAAGUGCACCUGAUGCUUGGUUUGACGUGGUCGAGCGUUAUUCCAAUGACAACAAUAAGACACUAAAGCGAACCACAAAGAAAAGUAGGUGUCUCAAUUUGGGAUCGUACAAUUAUCUAGGUUUUGCUGCAUCUGAUGAAUAUUGCACACCCCGUGCAAUCGAGUCUUUAAAAAGGUUCUCCCCAAGUACUUGUAGUGCUCGUGUGGAUGGAGGGACUACAACAUUGCAUACUGAACUGGAGGAGUGCGUCGCAAACUUUGUUCAAAAGCCAGCUGCCAUAGUAUUUGGCAUGGGCUAUGUCACAAACUCUGCUAUUCUUCCAGUCCUGAUGGGAAAGGGAGGGUUGAUAAUUAGUGAUUCGCUAAACCACAACUCAAUUGUAAAUGGUGCUCGGGGCUCAGGAGCUACAAUUCGAGUUUUCCAACAUAAUACACCAUCGCACUUGGAGAAAGUUUUGAGAGAGCAAAUUGCCGACGGACAACCCAGGACCCAUAGACCUUGGAAGAAGAUUAUUGUUGUUGUGGAGGGAAUAUACAGUAUGGAAGGGGAACUCUGCAAGCUUCCUGAGAUUGUUGCAAUAUGCAAAAAGUAUAAGGCAUAUGUCUACUUGGACGAGGCUCAUAGCAUUGGAGCAGUUGGAAAAUCAGGAAGAGGUGUCUGUGAACUCUUGGGAGUGGACACUGCUGAUGUAGAUAUCAUGAUGGGAACAUUUACAAAAUCUUUUGGGUCAUGUGGUGGUUAUAUUGCUGGAUCCAAGGAGCUUAUACAAUAUCUUAAGUACACUUGUCCUGCUCAUCUGUAUGCAACAUCGAUAUCUCCUCCAGCUGCACAACAAAUCAUAUCUUCCAUAAAAGUUAUUCUUGGAGAGGAUGGUACUAGUAGAGGCGCUCAGAAACUUGCACGAAUACGUGAAAACAGCAAUUUUUUCAGAUCAGAGCUGCAGAAGAUGGGUUUUGAGGUUCUUGGAGACAAUGAUUCUCCUGUAAUGCCUAUAAUGCUUUACAAUCCAGCAAAAAUCCCUGCCUUUUCCCGGGAAUGUCUCAAGCAGAAUGUGGCUGUUGUGACAGUUGCUUUUCCAGCUACCCCAUUACUGUUGGCCAGGGCACGAAUUUGCAUAUCUGCCUCUCAUACCAAGGAAGAUCUUGUGAAGGCCUUGGAGGUUAUCAGCCGAGUUGGUGACUUAGUGGGUAUUAAAUACUUCCCUGCUGAGCCCAACAAGCAGCAGCAAGAGAAGGGCAUGAUUAAGGUGGAUUGAGGAAUUUGAAGUUUAGGUAGAGUUCGUCAAGAGUCUUACGGCGCUUUAGAUCUGAUCAAACCGAUGGUAAAGUAUAUUCUUUGUGAAGUGAUUGUUGUAUUCAAUCCAAAGAAAAAGUGGGGAAGUUUGUAGCUGUCUAGCUGUUUGUGGGGAAGUUUGGUUAUUUAAUGUACAGGCAGAGCUGUAAUCCUUUACAUUUUUUUGUUUUUGUUUUUUUGGAGAUGUAAUCCUUUACAUUUGAUUAUCUCCUUUUUCAUUGAUUCAUAUUCGAUGGUCUUCUAAAA